GCUGUCAGGCUGUCUAAUCACAGAGCAUGGUUGCACUUCUCUGGCCUCAGCUUUGUGCUCCAACUCCCGACUGAGAGAGCUGGACUUGAGCUAUAACCAUCCAGGAGAGGCAGGAGAGAAGCAGCUGAAACAGCUGAGAAUGGAUAUCAGGGUGGAGCCUGCUGGAGAACAAUGGUUGAGACCAGGUCUGAGGAAGUAUUCCUGUCCACUCACAAUCGACACAAACACAGUAAAUAAAAACCUCAAACUGUCUGACAACAACAGGAAGGUGACACGUGUGAAGAAGAUUCAGUCAUAUCCUGAUCAUCCAGACAGAUUUGAUGACUGUCCUCAGCUGCUCUGCACAGAUCCUCUGACUGGUCGCUGUUACUGGGAGUUCGAGUGGAGAGGAGACAUUGAAAUAUCAGUGAGUUACAGAGGAAUCAGAAGGAAAGGACACAUAACAGACUGUGGGUUUGGAUCAAAUGAUCAAUCUUGGAGUCUGAGGUGCUCUGACAGUGGUUACUCUGUGUGGCACAGUAAGCAAAAAAUAUGCAGCAUCUCCUCCUCCUCUGACUUUGACAUAGUAGCUGUGUAUGUGGACUGUCUUGCUGGCACUGUGUCCUUCUACAGAAUCUCCUCAGACAAUCUCAUCCACCUCCACACCCUCAAAAUUACAAUUACUGAACCUCUUUAUCCUGGAUUUAGGCUACGGUCCAAUACUGUAUCCUCUGUUUCUCCCCCUGUUAGGCAAACUUUUGUUAGACUGUUAAAGAUAUAAGAAUGCUUCUUCCAGUUAUUUUUCUCCCUGCAACAGCAUUGCUAUGUAAAGCAGUGGUGCAGCACCAAAUGCAAGAAAAUAGAUGAAUUAAAGUGUUAAAAGCUUAAAA